AUGCUAGUAGUCCCAUCCCAGCAAGCCUGCGCGCUCCCCCCAUCCCAGCAAGCUGCGCGCUCCCCCCAUCCCAGCAAGCUGGGCGCUCCCCCCAUCCCAGCAAGCCUGCGCGCUCCCCCCAUCCCAGCAAGCCUGCGCGCUCCCCCCAUCCCAGCAACCUGCGCGCUUCCCCAAUCCCCACAAGCCCUGCGCGCUUCUCUCUCCCUUUCCUCACGGGGCCUCGGCAGUAGUUGCGGGGCGGAUGCGCCAGUAGUUGCGCCCCUUGCGCGCACCAAGGAGGGCACGGGGCUGAUGAAGAUGCUGGGCUCGUUUGGGCCGCGCAGCAGCAGCAACCUGAGCUAUUGGGGGCUGGCGGGGUGCGUGAACAACGAGUCUCUACUGCAGUACACGAUGUGGGCCGAUCGCAUCGCCAACUACAGCAGCAACACCCUCAUCAUGGUGUUGCAGGAUCAGGACAGGGCCACAGUGGAGAAGAUCACAGGGUGCGAGGUCGGGUCCGUGCUGGGCCUGCCCUCGCCACGCAAGGAACUGUAUGCGGUGAACGUCUGUGGUAACAUGGACAAGGGCAUUGAGGUGCCGCCUCUCACCGACUUCGCCCCUCUCAUCCCGCCACACAUCUUCAACAUCCUGCAAGCCGGCAAGCCCAGUUCUGGCCCCCCUGUAUUCAUCGGCCCUGGUCACGUGUCCAGUGUGUUUGCCAUUCCCAUCUUGCGCCGCCCAGUGCCACCCAACGCAUCGGUGCAGCAGAUGAGGGAGAGCAUCAGCAAUGCAUGGGCCGGGUUUGUGGACCUGGAGUGGAGGGCGAGCAACAUACUCGACAUGUUGGAGGAUGGAGACUUGCUGGAAAUCGGUAAAGAAAUAAUUGCUUUAAAAUUGUAA